UGCACGCGCCUGUUUGGCGUAACCGCGCGGUUUCCAUCUUUGACCAGUUUGGGGAUGCGGUAGCCAUGGACGCCUUGGAUCGAGUUAUAAAACCCAAAACAAAAAGGGCCAAGAGAUUCCUUGAGAAGAGAGAACCGAAGCUCAGUGAAAAUAUUAAAAAUGCCAUGCUGAUUAAAGGGGGAAAUGCAAAUACAACAGUGACACAAGUACUUAAAGAUGUGUAUGCACUGAAAAAACCGUAUGGCGUUCUAUAUAAAAAGAAAAAUAUUACAAGACCAUUUGAGGAUCAGACAUCACUGGAAUUCUUUUCAAAGAAGUCAGAUUGUUCUUUAUUCAUGUUUGGCUCCCAUAACAAGAAGCGGCCAAAUAAUCUAGUAAUAGGUCGCAUGUAUGAUUACCAUGUGCUGGAUAUGAUUGAAUUAGGUAUUGAGAAGUUUGUGUCUCUCAAAGAUAUUAAGAAUAGUAAAUGUCCCGAGGGAACAAAACCCAUGUUAAUAUUUGCUGGUGAUGCUUUUGAUGCAACUGAAGACUAUAGAAGACUAAAACAUGUGCUUUUAGACUUUUUCAGAGGCCCCACAGUAUCAAAUAUUCGCCUGGCUGGAUUAGAGUAUGUUCUGCAUUUCACUGCACUGAAUGGAAAGAUUUACUUUCGAAGCUAUAAGUUGCUGUUGAAGAAAUCUGGUUGCAGAACACCACGGAUUGAAUUGGAAGAGAUGGGACCUUCAUUGGAUCUGGUUGUGAGGAGGACACACCUGGCAUCAGAUGACCUUUAUAAAUUAUCUAUGAAAAUGCCAAAAGCCCUCAAGCCAAAGAAGAAGAAAAAUAUCUCCCAUGAUACUUUUGGUACAACUUAUGGAAGGAUUCAUAUGCAGAAACAAGACCUAAGCAAACUACAAACUAGGAAAAUGAAGGGGUUGAAAAAACGACCUGCAGAAAGGAUAACUGAAGAUCAGGAGAAAAAAUCAAAGAAAAUGAAAAGAAAUUAGUGGAACUUAGCCAGCCCCUGCAGUUUUAUUCUGGUCUCUUAAAGGAGUUGUCAAGCUUCAGUUCAUUCAGUUUCUUACAAGAUUUUAUCAUAGGGCUGGGGAUGCAGCUCAGUGGUAGAGUACUUGCCUAGCAUGCGGGAGGUUCGAUUCCUAGCACCAUACACAUACACAAAAGAUUUUAUCAUAUAUUUUUAUAACAUGAUAACUUACUAUAUAUUAUUAUGAACAGUAAUAUAAAGUAAACCUUUUACUUGUAGUGUUAAAUUCUGGUGUACUGUUUUCUCUCUGACAUGAUAUCCCCAGCCUCCCAAAACUUCUCUCUCAAUGGGUGAAUGAGGGAGAAGGGAUCUCCACCAAAAAAUGGUGUUUUUUACAAGUUUCUAGGUUGGGUAUUAGAUAAAGGGAGAAAGCCAUGGAAAGCAGAAAGGAAUCAAAGGAGCCAUACAUAUACAUUCUCAGUAUGAGAUACCUGGACAGUCAACCCUCAUCUCCAUGAAUUUUAUUUUUUACUUUUCUGUAAUUUUUGUCAGAAAUUCACUUAAAAUUUUAAAAUAUAGAUCUUUGAGAGGGAUGUCCAUUACCUGAUCAUUGACACAUUACAAUGUAAUUAAUUAUUUAACAUGAUUGUGGGACUGGGAGUGUAGCUCAGUUGUAGGGCACUUGUGUAAUAUGUGCAAGGCCCUAAAUUUGAUUCCCAGCACCCCAAAAUUAAUGUUUUGACUUAAAACAAGUAGAGGACUGGGGAUGUAGCUUAGUGAUAGGGUGCUUAUAGCAUGUAUGAAGUGCUGUGUUCAAUUCCCAUACAGAAAAAAAAGAAGAAAAAAACCAGAAAUGUUAACUUUAGAAUGCUACUAGAGAUGGAAGUGAUAGUCACUCUGUGUGUGUGUGUGUGUCUGUCUGUAUUGGGAAUUGAAUGCAAAUGUGCUUUACCACUGAGCUAUAUCCCCGGCCUUUUUUAAUGUUUUAUA